CGAUUGCUAGAGUCCAUGCACGAGACAUCUACAUUCGCAUGCACGAUCGCCACUUCUACUCGAGUUACUCGCUACUAGCUUGUCUACCUUUCAAACCAGGGACAACAAUAGCUCGAGGAUAAAUCAUAGCCCAUCGCCAUCAUCUUCAACCCCUUACUGUGAUGGCCACCCGUGUACCGCCUUCGACCAAACCAUUGCCCGAAGAGGAGAAGCCGGUACUUUCUAAAGAUCUCGCUCAACCGGCAGAUUACAAAAAGGUCCUCAAGAACCGAGGGGCUUCAAAGAUGACGGAUCCUUGUCAAGCCGCAGCCAAGGCGUCUCAGGAUUGUAUGGACAAGGCGAACUACAACAGGGACGAGUGCUUGACAUUCUUCCAGGCCUAUCGGGACUGCAAGGGGAAAUGGCUCAGCCAGAGGCGGGAGGACCGAAGAGCGGGGAACUACUAGGAGCAUCGAGCUAAGCAGGCUUCAGUAGUUGGGAAAUGGUAUAUCAUCAUCGUCGUAACGCAUUAAGAUUCGUGUA